AAGGACAAGGAAACAAAAUAUUUUGAUGCGAUGAUUGAUGCAGCGGUAUCACUUCUCGUGAAUGCGGUGCCAAUGGGAAAUUUAACGAGGAUGAAGAUACUCACAAAGCUCUACGUCUUUUUCUUCAUGAGUGACGGUGAAUGAAUAUAUGGAUGCUGUUGGUUUCUCGGUUUUUCUAACCUGAUUACGUGCAGAUGUGGUUGAUUCUGGAAAUCGCGUGACGAUGAUUUCAAGCCAUGACGCAUUGCAACAGGAGCCGGGAUCGGAUAUCACAGUAUACGAUAUGCUAGCGCGUGAGAUACUCUCCGAAGAUACUAUUCAGGGUGUACGGUUACUAGAGAGUGUUAUAUCCUGGGUAUCGGCGACACAAAAGAACCCCCCCGAGAGCUUCCCCACACUGAAGGAUUAUAUGACGUAUCGGGUGGGUGAUGUCGGGGUCCGUGCGGUCUUUCGCAGCGUGGAGUUCGCUUGCGAUAUUCCCUUGUCCGAAACGGAUCUAGAAGCCGUCUCCCGUCUCCGAUCCCUGUGCGAGAAGCACUUCUUACUGACCAAUGACCUGUACUCCUACGCCAAAGAAGCGAUCGCGGAACAGACGCGCGGAGAUCCUGUUCUUAACGCUGUCCGAGUCGUACAGCGCUUCAUGAAUACUUCCGUGGCCUUGGCAACAGCGAUUGUCCGACAGGUCAUUCGGGACGUUGAGCACCAGAUGAACGACGAAUACGAGCAUCUGGCUCAGGGCGCUACCAACGCACAACUGACAUACGCACAGGGGCUCAUUACCGCUGUUGCAGGGAACAUGUUCUUCUCGGCCACUUGCCCUCGCUAUGCGCGAGCCGUCCAGGGGUCCAGAUUGCAUGCAUAAACCCACUCGUAGAUGAGAUGCCAUGGCGCAUCACCAUGCAUUUCUACACUA